ACUGGAUUGUUUGCGCUCCGACAAAGUCUAAGACGAACUAAGUGUGGUCUCUUUAGUGUACCGUAGCAGUGCCGUACAUCAGAUGCAAUUGUCGAAGUGCUUCAUCCACAACAGAGGUCACAAACCGACAGGAUGGGAGGAGACCACGGCAGUAAACUAAACCUGCCAGACUUCAAGCAGUGGAAGGUAGAGGGAACACCUCUGGAGUUCACACAGCAGAGACUGGCAGCUAGAGGACUGAAGGACCCAUGGGCACGUAACGAGGUGUGGCGGUACGUGGGAGGAUUCAGUCGUCCUGUAUCCCUGGGAGACGUGAUGCUGAGGGGUUUUAAAUGGGGCUUCGCUGCCUUCGCUGUGGCUCUGACUGUAGAGUACGCUCUCUUCCCCCCCAAGAAGUCUGACCACUGACCUCUGACCCCAGAACGCUUCAGAACACAACCGGAUCAGAUCUUUCUGUAAAAUAAAUAAUAAAUGUGUUUUCAUCCACUAAA